AUGCCACAGUUCCCAGCGAUUCCACAUCUCACCAAUGACCUGAAUACCAAUUCAACGAUCAUGUCCUUGACAACAUCGCUGUUCAUUCUAUUUGCCGGCAUUGGCCCUAUUCUGUGGGCCUCCAUGUCAGACUAUUAUCAUGUGCGAAGGUUUUUCUACCUUAUUGGACUCGCCAUCUUUGUAAUCGCUUCGGUCGGAUGUGCACUCACUAAUGAGAUAUGGCUUUUGGUUGUUUUACGAUGCGUCCAAUCUAUUGGUACUUCGGGAACGGUUUCUGAUUGUUGGCAAGUUACCGAGCGAGGAGCAGCGUUUAGUAUCUUGUUUAUUGGUCAAUUCUUCGGCCCGUUGGUCGGUCCGGUCAUUGGUGGAGGGUUAGCCAGUGGAUUAGGGUGGCGAUCGACAUUUUGGUUUUGCGCCGGCUACGGUGUGUUCCUUCUUCUCUUUCUAUCGAUCUGUUUACCGGAAACGUAUCGUGAAAAUGCUCAAUGGGAGUUCAUACUUCCCAUCACCAGUGAAAAGCCCGUGCAUUCAUCACCUUACCCAAAAAACAUGCCGUAUCCAAAAGCAUUUUUUUCUCACAAAUUGACCCCCAGCGACCAGACCGCACAACCAUCCUACACCACUGUUGGCUCGCCUCUAGGCCAGUCGUCACCCGAUGUAUCCCGGUUAUUGUCAACCACGCCAACCCCUGCAUUAUCUACCACAUCUAUCCCAGCCUCAUCGUCGGCCAUCGGCACUUCCAUGAAAAGACGCUUCAAUCCAUUGGCAAGCAUAACCAUGCUAAAAUACACAUUUGUGUGGUUGACGGCGAUUCAAACCGGGAUAUGUUUUGGCACCAUGUUCACCAUUGAAACCAUCAUCCCCGAAUUGUUUGUGAAAGCGUAUAAUUUUCGUGCUUGGCAAACUGGGCUUAGUUUCUUGGGUGCCGGCAUUGGCAACUUGCUGGGAUCCUUGGUGGCCGGGAGGUUAUCAGAUUAUUUAUUAAAACGAUCGCGCCGCCAACGUGGAGGAAUUGCAAGAGCCGAAGAUCGAUUAACCAGCAACGCUUGGCCUGGUGGAUUCAUCCUUGUCCCGUUUGGUGUUUUACUGUUUGGCUGGGGUGUAAACGCUGAGUUGAUCGUAUGGGCUUCCAUUGUUGGAUUUGGUAUUGUGUGUUUUGGUAUGAGUCAAGUCUAUGCAGCUGGAUCAGCCUACCUGGUGGAUGCCAUUCCGGAAAAGAGCGCUUCAGUUACUGCAGCCGCCAAUUUGCUACGGAUGGCCAUGGCAUGCAUUCUCAGUGUCACCGCGCACCCAGUCAAUGACCACAUUGGUCCAGGGUAUCUGGUCACUAUCCUUGCCGGACUCAACUUUCUCGGUAUGAUCUGCUUCGCCAUUGUCAAGUUCAAAGGAAUGCACAUGCGUCGAAAAGCCGGUUUCCAAGAAUCCUAG